AUGGAGGAUCUGCCAUUGAUUGAAGGUGGAGGGCAUACUGGUCGCUCAUGGCUAUCUACAAUCUGGACUCUUCUCUGGACCGUCUUCCUUCCCACUACUGUCAUAUUAUCAACCGCCGUCACUGCUUUUAUCCUCACUCUGCCCGAUCGUUAUGACCCUCAACAGGAGGACACUUUAGUCAAAGAAGACGACAAGAAAACAAAAUCUGGAGCAACAAAUGAUGCCUCAGUCACUGUUCUGGUUCUGGGCGAUAUUGGAAGAAGCCCUCGCAUGCAAUACCAUGUCGCCAGUAUAGCUGCACACCGAGGUCGUGUCAGUCUGAUCGGCUAUCUGGAAUCAGAGCUCCUGCCCGAAAUCAGAGGCAACCCUUUCGUCACCGUCAUUCCUCUAGCACCUCCACCUGAAGCUCUUCGCAAUGCCAACAAAAUCUUGUUUCCCAUCAUCGCACCUCUGAAGGUCCUCUGGCAAGUUGCCACUGUAUGGCAUGCAUGUGGCUACCGCACAAAAGCCACAAAAUGGAUGUUGGUCCAGAACCCACCAUCAAUCCCUACUCUGGCAAUCGCACAGGCCAUGUGCUUCGUCCGUCAUACACGUCUGAUCAUUGACUGGCAUAACUUUGGCUACACCAUCCUGGCUCUCAAACUGGGAGACAAGCAUCCCCUGGUCAGAAUUUCGGAAAUGUACGAACGUUACGUCGCGCGUGCGGCAGAUGCUCACUUCAGUGUGACCAAUGCCAUGGCCAGAGUGCUCAAGCAGCGAUUCGGUGUACAAGCCACACCUCUCCACGACCGACCGGCCGAUCAAUUCCAGCCCUUGAACCAGACACAACGCUCAAAGUUCCUGCAUAGAUGCCCAGAGACUGCACACCAUGCCAAGCACCUCGACCAUGGCAGCUACAAGCUCUUGGUCUCUUCCACCUCGUGGACUGCCGAUGAAGACUUUUCAAUCCUCCUGGAUGCUCUGGUCGCCUACUCGGCAACCGUGUCGAUGGCUACCCACCACGCCUACCCCAAGAUACUCGCCAUAAUCACAGGAAAAGGCCCACUGAAAGAAUACUACCUCUCCAAAAUCUCCACCCUCACCAAGGAGAAGAAACUUGCUAACGUCAAGAUUGCGACCGCUUGGUUGAGCAUUGAAGAUUAUGCUUCUUUGCUAGCCUCUGCAGACCUUGGCGUAAGUCUGCAUACUUCGUCCUCGGGUGUAGAUCUCCCAAUGAAGGUUGUGGACAUGUUUGGUACCGGACUGCCUGUAGUCGGCUGGUCGCGCUUCGAAGCCUGGAAAGAACUCGUUCGUGAAGGUGUCAACGGCUUUGGCUUUUCUUCGGCCGAUGGCUUGGAGACUCUGCUUGAAGAGCUGUUCGGAAAGAAGGGAGCGAGAACACUGGCUGCAAUUCGAAGAGGUGCUCUGGAAGAGUGUGGAAGGAGGUGGGAGGACGAGUGGUUCCCUGUUGCUGGCAAGUUGUUGGGGCUGAAGAAAGAAGACUAUGAAAAGCACGUUGCUGAGCCUGAAGCGGGGCCCGUUCGUGUUGACCUCCCCACUCUUGCCUCUGGCCACGACCAGAAGACUGCCAACAUCACGGAGCCCUACCAAAACUCAUCUGCCUACAGUAAUAGUCAGGCUCCCAUGAGUACUGGACGUGAGUCUACUGUUGCUAGCGACUCUGCAGGUAAUGUUGACCGUGCCUCUCACGAUGCGAUUCCCGACUAUACCCGCGAUGCUAUCCAUGCCGGUCUUACUACCACUACCAUCGACAACACUGCCACUGGCGUCCAAGGUGAAGAAGUUCAGCACACCUUCCUGGGUAAAAACAAUCCUGUUUUGCAGGGUCUUGUUUGA